AUAUUUGACUGCUGAAGCUGGGUGAUCCCCACUCAUCAUUCAUUGUGUUAUUUUACAGCACUUUGGGAAUCUCCUAAAGAGUGUACAAUGAAAUUUAAAAGAGGAGAAGCUGAGUGGGGGGGGGAAUAACAGAAUCAGUUAAAACCCAAGUCUUGCUGGACAGCAUCUCUGCACAUGACACAGCUGUGUACUCGUUCCCACCUGCAGAGGAGGCCAGCAGGUGUGUUGGUGUGGUGACCAGGGCCCUGGACACUGUGGUCCCCAUGCCAGGGCAAGGGAAGUGGGCAGAGAGGCAGAGCAAUGGCCCUUGAGGGAAAAGAACCGACUGUGGCCCCAAGGUGGCACCCUAGGGGCAGUGUGGGGCCCAGGACCAAGGAGGUGCUGGGGGAGGGCUGAGUCGCUUUCCCUGCAGGGAGCAACCUGGUGAUCAGCACCCUGGGGAGCUGCGGGCCUGUGGCUGCUCCUGCCUGACAUGUGCUGUCCCUGUCCUUAAGGUCAGCAGCAGCCCGGUGUUACCAGCAUGCGGCUCAGGAGCUGGUGCCAAGGAGUUCUCAGUGCUCUGUGCCUGAAGCCCUCCCUGGCCAGUGUCAGGACAGGGCCCUGGUUCCCGCUCUGGACAGUCUGGGCCACGCCGGCUUGAGGUCCUAUGCAGGUGGUGCUCAGUGGGUGGCUCCCCUGCCCUCCAUCGCAGGAGGACCCCCUGUGUCCACCUCCUACAACUCCUGGGAAGAAGGGCUGGAACAGAGCAGGAGGGGUCAGCAGGGGUUGGUAGGGCUGGGGUGGGGCCUGUGGUAGGACAGGAGGCUGCAGCCCUGGGAGUCUCCGUUCAGGUCAUUGCAGGGGCAGCCCCGAGUGUGGGGACCUCAGGAAGAAGGACAGGCCAUGAUGGGGCUCCCUGUGCCACCUUGUGUUCAAAUAAAGAGACCUUCACAGUUGGGCUGUAAUAAAGUUGUGUUUUAGAGGAGGGCAGGAGGUGCAGGUUGCCUGGGACUUGGGACCGUUAUGGCAGGUGGCAGAGGGCCCAGGCAUCCCUGGUUCUGGGGCAGUUCUGCCAGAGCCCUGCCCUCUUCACCUGGGGCCUGGGGAGAACACAGGCCCCAUUUUUGGUGACUUUUGUUGAAGCCAGAGCUGAGGACCCUGACCCCUUGCCACAGCUGCACGUCACUUGGGAUUGGCUGGCAGGAUUCUGUGACAUCACAGUCACUGAGAACUGUGCACUCUGGGUUGUCGGCAACCAGUGGUCAGUAGUGCUUCUACUGGCCAACUGACCAGGUGUGGGUAGCGUAGGCAGGAGGCACUUUUCACAGAAUCCAAUGGAUUCGCGAUGGAGAUUGGAUAUGGACGCCCUGAGGUCCGGCAGGGCCCAGGAGCGAGCAAGGAUCAUCUUGAAAUAUGAGCAGGGUCCUCGUAAAGGGGCCCAGUUUCACCUGGGAGAAGAGGACGACGAGAGUGGAGCCCUUGUCCCAGACAAACUUGGAUUCCUUUGUAAGCAGAAGCCGCCCAGGCAUGGAUGCCUGGCAGUGCAAUGGCGUAAACAUCAGGAGGGCCGCCGACUGCAAAAAUGGAAUAAGAUGCUGCGAAAUUUCACCAAGUACCACAGCAGUGAGAAGUUCCACCGGAGAAUUGAGAAAGGCAUCCCCGCCCAGGUGCGCGGCAAGGUGUGGGCCAUGAUGCUCUCCGUGGAUACCAGGAAGGCCCAGAACCCUGGCAAAUUCGAGGAGAUGAAGGAACGGGCCAGGUUGUGCUCAGAUCAAGUCCAACAGAUCGAUGAAGAGGUAGCACGCACGUUCAGAAGUCACAUCAUGUUUCGAGAGCGAUACGGAGCCAACCAACGCUCCUUAUUUGAGGUGCUCCUCGCAUACUCGAUGUACAACCCCGAAUUGGGCUACAGCCAGGGCCUAAGCCACGUGGCAGCCCUGCUGCUGAUGUGGCUGAGUGAAGAGGAUGCUUUCUGGGCCCUAGUCCAGCUCAUGGGGGACAGCCAGCACGCGAUGCAUGAUUUCUACACACCAGACUCCCCAAAACUGGAGCGAUUCCAGCACCACCUGGGAGACAUCAUGCAUCGCGUGCUGCCCUCCCUGGAGAAACACCUGGAGGAGGAGGGUGUGUACCUUGAGGACUACACCGCACACUGGUACAUCCAGUGCUUCCUGGAUGGGGUGCCGUUCCCCCUGGCACUUCGGAUGUGGGAUAUUUACAUCCUUGAGGGCGCACAUGUACUCACCGGCAUGGUGUACACCGUCCUCAAGGUCCACCGAAAGCGCCUGCUGAAGAUGUCCAGAGACCACAUCCGGGAGUUCCUGCAGGUGACCCUGAAGCAGGCCUGGUCACUGAGCGAGGAUGCGGUCAUCAGGCAGCUGCGGGCCUCCAUGCGUGAGCUGGGGAAGCUCCAGUGCCUCCUGCCUCCCGAAGAAAAGCCAACCGAAGAUGGCAGCCCAGCCCUGCUGGUGCCGCCUCGCUCUCAGGAGCGCGCUCCCCCACCAGUGUCCCUCAAGACCAUCGUUGAGCGCAAAGGCUGUCACCCUGAGGCUGCAGCUCCCCAGGAGCCAGCGGAGGCUUCAGCUUCUGUCCCCUGAGGAGACCGGUCCUCUGGGAUCUGCCGUCCAGCCCGACUCCAAGCAACACGCCAAGGAGCAGAAGAGCAGUCGUGGCGAGAGCGGCACCCAGCCCCGCGGCCCGGGCUCCUCCAUGGGGGCCUCAGG